AUGGGCUUGGUGCUGUUGUGGCCUUCUUUGCUGCAGCGGUGCGGCCUACUUUCUCACCACACACCACGCUCGGCUCGACUGCUUUGCCACUGCUACAGCAGCAGCUGCAGCCCAAGAAACACCAGGCGUGGCUGCAGUACAAGCAGCAAUGGCAGCAGAUGCAGAACAGAUAACGGCAACGGCAACAGCAACGGGGGAUUCACGGCAGCACGGCAGCAUAGCGGGAUCCCCUGGGGCGCUCUAGUGAUCCCAAGGAUAUUAACAGCAGGUGGUGCUGCACGGCUAGCAGAAACAGCAGCAAAAACAGCAGGAAAAAGUGUAGCAAAAGCUGGAGAUACAGCUGAUGGAAAGAGGGACGAUGUGAAAAAGCAUACCUUGACUUCGUUGCGCUUGCAGCUGGCCCAUGCAAGGCGGCUGCUCUUGGAGGCCUCAACAACGCCGGAGCACCAGCAACAGCAGCAGACUCUCCUGCCUGGUAUUGCAACAGCAGAAGAGGCACCAGCUACUGUGUCAGGUGCCGCAGCUGCUGCAGCUGUUGCUUCAAGCCUUCGUGCUGGUCGAUCUUUGCUGCUGCACCUGCAGAGACGACAGCAGGCAGCAUCUGCACAAGGAUGCCUGAUACCGCAUACAUUUGCACUCUGCAGCAACAGCAGCAGCAGCGAAAACAACAACAGGAGCAACAGCAAGUGCUGGCAGUGCAGCAGCAGCAUCUCUACUGCAAGCCAUGAGGAGACAAGGCGAUUGCUUUUAACCUGUCUUCAGCUGCUAGCAGCAAUCGUAAGAAGCACUCCUUGCCACGGUAGACCAGAAAUACCAGACAUUGCAGCAGCAGCGACAACAAUAAAAGCAACAGCAGCAGCGACAACAAUAGAAGCAACAGCAGCAGCGACAACAAUAGAAGCAACAGCAGCAGCGCACGUCGAGGCCGCUCGCGUUGCCGUUCUGUUGCUGCAGUGUCUGCUGCACGCGAAAGAAGCGAGGCAGCUGCAACACAUUCAAGCUGCAACAGACUGCCUGGAAGCAGCUGCCAAUCAGCAACUCCACCUGCAGCAACACUGCCACCAACAGCAGCAACAGCCUCAGCAACAACAGCAGCAACAGCAGCAGGUGGACAAGCAAAACUACCUUGAGGCUUUGAUGUGGCAACAGCAAACUGAGUUGGCUGUGCUCUUGAAGCGCUCUGUGCGGCUAUUGGCUGCUCUACUCAAUCGCCUUGCUAAGCGCUACAAGCGGCAGCAGCACCAGCAACAGCAGAAGGAGCAACGGAAGCAACAGGAAAGGGAGCUUAGAAGAAACGAAAAGCAGCAGACUCACCAUCACGUGCAGCAGGAAGACUUACAAAGCCAGCAGCAGCAUCAACCGCAGCAGCAACAGCUGUGCAGCCCUGCAUUUGCAGCUGAAUGGAAGGGUGUGUCUGCUGUUGCUGCUACAUCGGCCCUUGCAGGGCCUGCAGCAGCAGCAGCUCUGUCGUCUGUACAGCGGCUCAUAGAAACUGCAGCCCGCCUGGUGCAACAUUCGCUGCGGCAGCAGCAAUUGCGGCAUCAGCAAUUGCAGCAGCAGCAAUGCCAGCAGCAACUGCAACAGCAGCAGCCACAGGAGCAGCUGCAUCUUGCAGAAGACCGACGGGCAUCUACAUCCGUAGGUGGCUCGCAGCACUUUGCUGCAACAGCAAGUAUUGAUUGUUGGUCUCUGAGGACCGACAGCGUGUUGCCAGCACCAGCAGCAACGGUAACGUCAGCAGUAACAGAAACUGCUGCUGCAGCAGCAGCUGAGCUUAAGCACCUCUCCCCAUUGUUGCUGUGGCUGCUGCCUUCUGUCUUCGUGCUAGCGCAGCAAGCAGGAAAGCCUGAAGUCAACUGGUUGUGGCGAGUUGCUUCGCUCCUAGUGCAGCAGCAGCAACAACACCACCACCAGCAGCAGCUGCUGCUGCAACACCAGCUUCAGCUGCCGGAAUUGAGUUUGCUGCUGUUUGCGGCAACACGACUCUGCUCUCUGCACUCGGCGCAACAGCAGCAGCUGCAAGACCAGCUCGAACGCGGGGAAUCAGCUGCUGUUGCUUCGCCUAGUGCUGCUGCAGCAGCUGUAGCUGCAACUGCAUGCAGGCUGCAGCUGCUAAAACUAGCUUCAUGGUGCUCCUUCCGUGCUGCCGCAUUGUUGUCAGGUGAGGACUGUCUGCAGGCAGGCGUUGCUUCAGGAGUUAUUACUCCUUCUCCCCUAGUAGCACAGCAGCAGAAGCAGCAGCUUCUCCAAAGCCAACGCCCGUGGCUGCGCCCCAGCUGCGUUUUGCUUCUCGGCUUAACGCGGUUACUACAGCAGGAGCAGCUGUUGCUUCCUGGCAGUCUGCUUAACAGUUCCGUGCAGCAGGCACUCUUGGGUACCCAUGUUUGUAGCAGCUGGUGUAGCAGCAGCAACUGCAGCAGCAGCAACGGCAGCACACACUCUAGAAAACAGGUCAUGCGAAGCAGCCCGAAUACAUCGGAGCUUGCUGCUGCAGCUGCUUCGUUCCUGAAAGCUCUCGACAACCGCCUGGUCGCUGGCGAUUGGCUGCAGCAGUCACACCAGCAGAAGCACCAGCAGCGUCUUAUUGCCGGUAUGCGUGGGCAUGCUGGACACGUCCUGGCAGACGACAACGAAGCAACAGCACUAGCGGAAACAGCAGCAGAAGCAGCAAGAGCAACAGCAGCAGAUGGCGCAUGCAAGAGAGAGCAGCUGUUUUUUUCAGGACGUGACUUCGUGCAUUUGCUGCGCUGUUUUGUCUCUGCUCGCUAUUUAUCAGAUUUGAUGCUGCACAAGGCCCUGUCAUUUUUAGCUGCAAACCCGCCUGUCGUACAAAGCAAGCACAGCCAGCAGCAGCAUCAACAGCAACAAAAAGAGCAACAACAGCAGCAACAAGAUCCAGCAGCUGCAGCUGCAGCUCCAGCGGAAACUCUUGGGGGCAUGCCACUGCUGCUGUCUCCUCAGGACGCUGCGCUCCUUCUGUGGGCCGUUGGAACUGCUGCACCUGCUGCGGUGUCUCGUCAGCUGCUGCAGCGCCGAAUGCAAGGCAAAAAAGGUUUUCUGUUUAAGAUUUCAACUGCAGCAUCCCACCCAUUUUCUGGCGCUGUUCCAGCAGCACCAGCAGCAGCAUCAUCCCCAGCAACAACAGCAGCUGCUGCUGCUGACAGCUACAGGCAAACCAGGCUGUCUCCGGAGGUGCAGUAUAUGCUGCGUAGACACUUUAGGGCUCUAACCAGGCAGCUACUCCUAAGUAAUUCUCUGCAGGGUUCCGGUUCUGCAGCUGUUGCAUGUGGACAACUUGCUACCAGCAGCAGCAACAGGAGCAGCAACGACGGUGGCGCAGAUAGCCAAGCCAUAGCGAAUGCUGUGUGGGGCCUGACUUGCUGCGGCUUGCUACAGUACCGUCUGUUGAGAACUUACUGCACUUCACCCUCCUUCUGGUGCUGCUUUCGCAGCAGCAGCACGAGGACAGAAAGGAGGCAGCUGCUGCAGGCCGCUCUUCUCUUGCGUCUGCAGCGCGUGAGAGCUCCUUAUGCAGUAUCCAUUGCUGCGGCUUCACCCUCUGUGACAGCGCAGCGGCGUUACUGCUGCGCAAUAGCUGCUAAUGGGCUAGCAGCAGAAAUCCAUCGCAUGCGUCCUAGCAGCAUAGGUUCUCAUCGGUGGAAGCUGCUGCAGUGGUCCAGAGGCAGACGUCGGGCCAGAGACAGUUCCAGUUGUGUAAAGGAGACAACCAGCGGCGUCAGGCCAUCUUUGCUGCAACAGCAGGUGCUGCGGGUACUGCAGCGGCUUCUACAGCGGUCUGCUACAGCAGCAACGCGGAUAACGGGGCAGCAAGACUCAGCCGGAGAACCAGCAGCAGCAGCGAGCAGCAUCUCAAAAGCAACUGCAGCAGCAACAACAGAGCCCCCUCCUGUCCCAAUCCGCACCCUGCAUGAGUGCAGCGUGGGAGGCGGCCUGUUGCUGGACAUUGCUCUUCUGGAGCAGCAGCAGAAACAGAAGCAGCAAAACGCUGCUGCUGGAAGGCGGCGCACUUGCUGCUCCCCCCUUCGCAUUGCUGUCGAAGUUGAUGGGCCUUCCCACUUCCUGUUGAGUGUGCGUGCUCCCCAGCAAGUCUUGGUGGGUGAGCAGACACCCCAGCAGCUGCGCAGCAGCGGACUCGCUGCUAGUAGUAACGAUUGCAGCAACGGCUGCAGCUCGAGCAGCAGCAGCAACAAUGACAGAAACAGUGUAGUAGUGGAGCUCAGGUCUGACGGAGGGACAGCGCUAAAGCAUCGGCUCCUGCUGCUAUUAGGCUACCGAGUCACGCAGAUUUGUUUCUUAGAGUGGCAGCAUCUACAGAGGGAAGAGCAGAAGCAGCAGCUGUUGCUGCAGCAACCCCCUUUGCAACAGCUUCUGCGGGGGCAGCAGACCAGAGGCCGUGCAGAAUAG